AUGGGUGUGGUGAUGGGGAGAGAUGAGAAGGUUAAUAUCCCACAUCUGUACAUGAAGUUGGUGAUGGAUUUGGAGAAGCUUCGUAAUUACCCAUGGGGUCUGUACUCAUUCGAUUUUCUGCUGAACCAGAUUGAUAAAACAAGGGAUAAAUUGGAGCAGAAAGAUGAGUACCUCAUGGAAGGAUUCUUGUUUGGUUUCCAGAUUUGGAUAAUGGAAGUUAUUCCUGCUUUAGGAGAGAUUUGUGGCACCAAAGUCAGCGACAAUUUCACAGGUCCUUUGUGUGGUAAUUGGAGAGGAUGUGGAAAUUUGCAUUCAUUCAUGGAAUUCCACAGAGAUGGAGUGGUCCUGUUGGCUACUGAUUUUGCAAGAAAGGAUGAAAAGAAAGAAGAAAGAGCGGAUCACAUUGUGGAUAUGAUCCAAAGAAAACAUGAUUGGAGCAAUCAUGUUUGGGGAGUAAAAAAAGUUACAAGCUCUGAAUUUGAGGAAGCAGACAAAGAGGAAGGAGAGGAUCAAACACCUGGUACUGAAAUUGGCGAGAACAGUCAUGUUGCAGAGAAUGUUGAUGGCACAAUUGAUGUUUCAGGAAGAAACAAGAGAAAGCAUGCGGAUCGAGGAGCAGAGUCAAGGAAGAAGAAGGUGUUGUGCCAACUAGCUGUUUUAUCGAAAGGGAACAUUGACACAAAUAUGAAAAGUUCUUAG